AUGGGUGAAGAAGUUAUAUCAUAUUGUAAUGCUGAAGUUGGUCCAUUACCAACUAAAGAACCAAAAAUUCCAAAUAAUAUCUUAGACGCAUUUAGUUUAAAAGGUAAAGUUGCUAGUGUUACUGGAAGUUCAGGAGGUAUAGGUUGGGCAGUAGCUGAAGGUUAUGCUCAAGCAGGUGCUGAUGUUUGUAUAUGGUACAAUUCACAUCCAGCAGAUGAUAAAGCCGAAUAUUUAGAAAAAACUUAUGGUAUUAAAUCAAAAGCAUAUAAAUGUAAUAUUAAUGAUCCAAAACUUGUAGAAGCAGUUAUAUUUCAACAAGAAAAAGAUUUUGGUAAAAUUGAUAUAUUUGUUGCAAAUGCUGGUAUUGCAUGGACUUGGGGUCCAGAAAUUAAUGUAAAUGAUGAUUUUGAAAAAUGGAGAAAAGUUGUUGAUUUAGAUUUAAAUGCAGUUUAUUAUUGUGCUCAUGCAAUUGGUAAAAUUUUUAGAGAACAAGGUCAUGGUUCAUUAGUUAUAACAUCUUCUAUGUCUGCUUCAAUUGUUAAUAUUCCUCAAAUGCAAGCUGCUUAUAAUGCAGCAAAAGCAGGUGUUAAACAUUUAUCAAAGUCAUUAGCUGUCGAAUGGGCUGCAUUUGCAAGAGUUAAUUCAGUUUCACCAGGUUAUAUUGCUACUCAUUUAUCAGCAUUUGCUGAACCUGAAGUUAAAAAUAAAUGGUUGCAAUUAAUACCACUUGGAAGAGAAGCAAAUCCAAAAGAAUUAGUUGGUGCUUAUUUGUAUUUAGCAUCCGAUGCUUCAACGUAUACUACUGGUUGUGAUUUAGCUGUUGAUGGUGGUUAUACUGUACCAUAA